AUGGGGUCUAUAUCCAUUUACAUCCUUCUUUUCUUUGCAUUAAGUCAUCCACCCCCUUUGGCAAGUGGACAGGAACCCGACACCACAACAAUUUCGGACACAACUCCGGGAUCAAACACAAGCAUGCAACUUCAGAAUGAAGAUUCAACCGAAACUCCCGAUUCGAACACAACUUCAAUAUCAGACACAGACAUAGAAAAUGAAAAUGAAGAUUUGACCAAUGCUGUUGAUUCGAACACAAUUCCCGGAUCAAGCACAACCAUACAAGCACAGAGUGAAGAUUCAACCGAAACUCCCGAUUCGAGCACAACUUUGGUGUCACACAGAGACAUAGAACAUGAAAAUGGAGAUUUGAUCAAUCCUGAUAACUCGAACACAACUUUGGGAUCAACCACAACCAUACAACUCCAGAAUUCGACCAGAACUGCUGAUAUGAAUACAACUUUGGGAUCAACCACAACCAUACAACUCCAGAAUUCGACCAGAACUGCUGAUAUGAAUACAACUUUGGGAUUAAACACAACCAUACAACUCCAGAAUUCGACCAGAACUGCUGAUAUGAAUACAACUUUGGGGUCAAACACAACCAUACAAAUUCAGAAUGAAGAUACAACCACAACUGCUGAUAUGAACACAACUUUGGGGUCAAGCACAAGCAACACAUCUCAAAUCACUUCGACGGAAUUAACUGAAGAGAGCACAACAACAACCUCGUCUACAAUAACCAGUGCAACAUAUAAAAAUAGAACAACGAAAGAAAGUGCCGACAAGAAGGAGAGAUUGAAAGAAUCGUCUGAUGACGACCAGUCGGAUUGGUGGGUAUCAGACACAGUGAAGAGAGUUUCCAUAAUUGCUGUUAUGAUAAUACUGCUACUAGCUGCUAUACUAACGUAUUUUUGGUACGUACGAACACGAGGAAAAGUCGAGAGCAAAAGACAACUUAUGUUAGCGGAGAAAAAACGACGGAAACGGCAACCUUUAACUGCUGCCGAUGGCCAAGGUGCUGAGAAAAAUAUGGAACCAAUUUAUAUUUUUGACACAGAAGCUAAAAUUAUAGAGGGUGAAGUGGAUUCCCGAUCUCCGUCUGGUCAAAAGAUUCUCGAGGUCCGCAAACCAGGAUCGGCUGAAUUCGCCAACUAUCAAAAAUAG